AUGGCGACUAAACGGACGCAAUCACAACGGCCUCCAGGUCAUCAGUCGACGUCGCAAAUAUUUGACCCUAUAUAUACUAGUGAACCUGAUUCUGAUGAAUCAGGGGUUUCUACCGAGGAAGAACAAGAUCCUACAUAUGAUUACUCGUCAGAAGAGAUGGAUUACUUAGGAGUCCAAGAUGACGACGGGGAGAACGAUGCUGCUACAAUGGAAGACCUAGAAGAAGAAGUUGUGGACAUAGUGGCGGAUGAAGAUGAUAGCGGCCCGCCUGAAAAUGAGGACAUGAACGGGGCAGAAUCAAGCGAAUUCGAAUGGGACGUGUCAAGAUCUCGGAAUAGGACGUCUAGAGAAUCAAAAUCUAAGGUAAAUCAGCCGAUACAGCAGAAGAAUCGGCAACGCGUUGAUAGAGCUGAGCUGAAUAGAAGAAGUAUUUACAACGACGAUGAGUACAGUCCCGGCGACUCCUCUUCAUCGACGCCUAUCGCCGGCAGUCGAAUAAUGACAAAACGACAACGGGCCAAAUUGAAUGAGAAUUAUCAACCUGACUUGCUUCAACUACCGAUGGCAGAAUCCACACGGAAAAAACAUCUGACGGAAGAGGAGAUUGCGUUGCGCAAAUCUGAAAUAGCACGGAGAAGAAAGCAUCAGAGUAUACAACGAGCAGAACAAGACAAAAUGGACACAAUAAAUCGUCUGCUAAAAAAGCAAAAUACAAAGCGACGUAGUAAAGAUCAGGAUGAUAUUGAUAACCAAGAAGGACAAUCAAAUACCGCGCGAAAACUGCCGCCACCACCACCGUUACCGACAUCAUAUCGAUAUAUUAAUUCAAAGGAAGGAAGUUUGUUAUCUAUACCAAUAGGCUACGAGUGUCCAAUUCCCUUUAUCAAAGAAAUUAGAUAUCCGCCACCUAUUCCUCCUUGCUCGGUUCCAGGUUGCAGUAAUCCAAAGAAAUAUCGUAGCGCGAAGACACAUGAGAAUGCAUGUUCGAUGGAACAUUUGAAAUUAAUUGACGGGAGAACAUGA